CCAGCGGGACCUCCCCUCGCCCUUAAAUGCCGGCUCCGGGCCGUGCCGGGAGGGAAGGCGCUACCGGACUCAGCAUAGUCGCGAUGUGCCGGUGCCCCGCGUCCCUCCUCCUCGUGCUGCUCUGGGGCUGCCUCUGCCCCCUUGCCUACGCCGGCCUCUACUUCAGGGAAGGGCAGCACUGCUACAAGCCGGCCCCGCGCAGGGCGCCUGGGCUGAGGACCUACCCCCGGCCGCACGAGUACCUCGACAUCUCCGCGCUCCCCAAGAGCUGGGACUGGAGGAACGUCAACGGCGUCAACUACGCCAGCACCACUCGGAACCAGCACAUCCCGCAGUACUGCGGGUCCUGCUGGGCACAUGGCAGCACCAGCGCUCUAGCAGACCGAAUCAACAUAAAGAGAAAAGGAGCAUGGCCUUCUGCCUAUCUCUCUGUUCAGAAUGUGAUUGACUGUGCUGAUGCAGGAUCCUGUGAAGGUGGAGACCACUCAGGUGUUUGGAAGUAUGCCCAUGACCAUGGCAUUCCAGAUGAGACCUGCAACAACUACCAAGCUAAGGACCAAAAGUGUAAGAAAUUUAAUCAGUGUGGCACUUGUGUCACUUUUGGAGAGUGCCAUGUCAUAAAGAACUAUACUCUCUGGAAAGUUGCUGACUACGGGUCUGUCAAUGGAAGAGAAAAGAUGAAGGCAGAAAUCUAUACUAAUGGACCAAUCAGCUGUGGUAUAAUGGCUACUGAGAAGCUGGAUGCUUACAGUGGAGGACUUUAUACAGAGUACAACCCCUCAGCUGUGGUGAAUCACAUUGUAUCUGUGGCUGGCUGGGGUGUAGAAAAUGGAACAGAAUACUGGAUUGUUCGUAACUCCUGGGGUGAACCCUGGGGUGAAAGAGGGUGGCUGAGAAUUGUGACAAGCGCAUAUAAAGGUGGAAGAGGAGCAGAAUACAAUCUUGCUAUUGAAGAGGACUGUACAUAUGGAGAUGCUGUACUUCCUUGACUCUAUAGCAUACAUCUUUCUGUUUAGGAACUACUUUGGAAGCUUCCCAGCACAACCUUUUUCUGUUUAAAGGAUAGUAGUCUAAAAUUCCUUCACAAUCUAAGACCAUCAGGCAGUUCUGCAAAAUUAGCCCAGACAGCAACACAAAAUGUCUUCAAAGUAAAACACAUACAGAGCUGCCUUCAGGUAUUUCCAACCUAAAAGCAUUUUACCCAUGCGAAA